AGCCAUGAAAACACAUAUAGCAAAAUGUAUGAUACCGGCAAUAUUGCUGCUAAGCCUGGCAGCAAAUCUUGCUGCUGGGCGAAUAGCAUUUGAGAAAUUAACUGACUACGAUUUUCAAGGGACAACAUACUACAGUGUGAAAAAUCUUUCUCUUUAUGAAUGCCAAGGAUGGUGUCGAGAGGAACCAGAUUGUCAGGCUGCAGCAUUCAGUUUUGUCGUAAAUCCGCUAACCCCAGCUCAAGAGACUUUGUGCCAACUUCAAAAUGUAACAGCUGCCAAUAAUCCAGCAAGCACACCGCAACGAUCAUCCAGUAUGUACUAUAUGGUGAAAUUGCAGUUGCGUUCAGAUAACGCAUGUCAACGUCCUUGGAACUUUGAACGCCUACCUAAUAAAAUGAUUCGCGGCCUAGACAACGCUCUGAUUUAUACCAGUACGAAAGAAGCAUGUUUAUCGGCAUGCUUAAAUGAGAAACGAUUUAUUUGCCGUUCUGUAGAAUACGACUAUAAUAACAUGAAAUGUGUCCUAAGUGAUUCAGAUCGAAGAACAACGGGACAACUUGUUCAACUAGUAGAUGCACAAGGCGUUGACUAUUUCGAAAAUCUUUGCUUGAAACCGGGCCAAGCAUGUAAAUUUAAUAGACUAUUCCAGCUCCCACGUACUGGAGUUUCGGAAGAUAAGGUUUCUCAGUAUGUCGGAUUGCACUAUUAUACAGAUAAAGAAUUACAAGUUACUUCAGACUCGGCUUGCAAGCUCGCAUGUGAAAUUGAAACCGAAUUUUUAUGCCGUUCUGUUCUGUACAUGGGCAGCCCGGCCGGAUCACAAUACAACUGUCGCCUGUAUCACCUAGAUCACAAAUCUUUACCCGAUGGACCAUCAACAUAUUUGAACGGAGAACGUCCGUUAAUAGACAUUGGCGAGCCAUCUGGAGUGUAUUAUGAAAACAUGUGUGAAAAAUCUUCGCAAGGAGAAACAACUCUACCAGUGGUAUUCGACACAGUGCAAGACGAAACAUUAAAUAAUUCAACACGAAACGAUGCAAACUGUGAUAAGACCGGAACCUGCUACGAUGUAUCUGUACAUUGUAAAGACACAAGAAUUGCUGUUCAAGUCAGAACUAAUAAACCAUUCAACGGCAGAAUCUACGCAUUAGGACGGUCCGAAACUUGUAACAUUGACGUGAUUAAUUCAGAUUCCUUCCGACUCGAUUUGACAAUGGGUGGACAGGAUUGUAACACACAGAGUGCUACGGGUAUCUACAGUAACACAGUUGUAUUGCAACAUCAUUCAGUUGUUAUGACAAAAGCGGAUAAAAUUUAUAAGGUUAAAUGUACCUACGACAUGAGUUCAAAGAAUAUCUCCUUCGGAAUGCUCCCGAUUCGAGAUCCAGAAAUGAUACACAUUAAUUCAUCACCGGAAGCACCACCACCGAGAAUUCGCAUCCUAGAUGCAAGAAGUCGUGAAGUGGAAACAGUUCGCAUUGGAGAUCGUUUGACAUUCCGAAUUGAAAUUCCAGAGGACACUCCAUAUGGUAUCUUUGCGCGGUCAUGUGUUGCUAUGGCUAAGGAUUCAAAAAGUACCUUCCAAAUCAUCGAUGACGACGGAUGCCCUGUGGAUCCAAGCAUAUUCCCCGCAUUCACACAAGAUGGAAACGCAUUACAGUCAAUAUAUGAAGCUUUCAGAUUUACUGAAAGCUACGGUGUUAUUUUCCAGUGUAACGUUAAAUAUUGUCUAGGACCUUGUGAACCGGCUGUUUGUGAAUGGGGACGAGAUUCUGUAGAGUCUUGGGGAAGAAAACGUCGUUCUCUGACAAGGAAUGAAACGGGAGCUGGUGAAGAAGAGGAAGAGGAUAUGAAUAUUUCCCAAGAAAUCCUAGUUCUUGAUUUUGGCGACGAAAAAAAUCGAGACUUCCUGCGAAGCGAAGCUAGUACGGAAUAUGGAAGAGAUAAAACUGUGACUAUCAUUGAACCGUGUCCAACGAAAACAUCCGUACUAGCCCUAGCUGUCACGUGUUCUUUAAUGGUGCUAGUAUAUUUAUCCACGCUAUUCUGUUACUACAUGAAAAAAUGGAUACAACCACACAAAAUAAUGGCUUAAAUCAAUCGGACAGAUCAUGGCGGCACUCAACUAGUUUUAGGUAUAUUAUUUAUUAUUGUGCUGUAUUAGCUUAAUUAGAGUAACAACACUCCUAUGAACGGUUACACGAUUAUGCAGACUAACCGUAAAAGGAGUAAUGCCAACAAAACAAGGAAAAAUUGUAUAUGUAGGAAUUAACUGUUUUAACAGUAGUGAAUUCGACAUCUCUAAAUGACUAUAGGGAAUAAGUAUUUAUUUAUUUAAAAAACGU